GGGGGUGUAUCUACGGGUGGCUUCCCCCCUUCGGUACUGUCACCGUCAGCUGACUCGUCGGUUCAUCGUCAAUUCAUCGUGCACGACAAGGUUGUUAUGACUUUUUUAAUACUCCGUUACGUACUGUAUCAUGUUCACACUGUCGUUGUCAUUGCCGUGUGAGAAACCGUGAAACAAACCUGUUGACGGUGAACAGUUUACAUUCAAUGGAAACGUUGUUCGAACUCGUCUAUUUAGCCGCUGAGUCGAGGAACAUUAGUUAGAAGUUCGAGUGAAUCGACUGGAAAAUUAUGUGAUAUUUCCAUUCCCUUCUGGAUCCUUCAAAGUGAUGGCUUCUAUUUGUCGCCGAUGGAGACUAUGGAUUUUACCAGUUCUGACUUGUCUUUAUGCCCUUCUUAUUAUUAUCCUCGUGCCUAUUUUGUUGGCAAACUCUAUUGAGAAUGGCUUCAAGAAGCAGGAUCAGGGAGCAUUGGUUGGGGGUGCAUUCGUGUUGCUUGCAUUACCGAUUGCUUUUUAUGAAAUUGUGCAACACAUGAUAUAUUACACACAACCCAGGCUGCAGAAAUAUAUAAUCAGGAUAUUAUGGAUGGUACCAAUAUAUGCAGUGAACGCUUGGCUUGGUCUGGUUUACCCAGAAGGGAGCAUAUAUGUGGACAGUUUAAGGGAGUGUUACGAGGCUUAUGUAAUAUACAAUUUUAUGAUGUAUUUAUUGGCCUAUUUAAACGCGGAUCGUCAGCUAGAACACAGACUGGAAAUCUCUCCUCAAGUGCAUCAUAUGUUCCCAUUGUGUUGUUUACCUGACUGGGAAAUGGGAAGGGAGUUUGUACAUAUGUGCAAGCACGGAAUAUUACAGUACACUGCUGUUAGGCCUAUAUCAACUUUGAUAUCAUUUAUUUGCGAGCUUAACGGAGUAUACGGAGAAGGAGAAUUCAGAACGGACGUCGCGUUUCCUUAUAUGAUAGCUGUAAAUAACUUAUCGCAAUUCGUAGCCAUGUACUGUCUGGUGCUUUUUUACCGUGCCAACGCAGAAGCUUUGAAGCCUAUGAAGCCGGUCGGCAAGUUCUUGUGUAUUAAAGCAGUCGUAUUCUUCUCCUUUUUCCAAGGUGUAAUUGUUUCGUUGUUGGUGUACUUCGAUGUUAUAUCGAGUAUAUUUGACACAAAGGAUAUGGAUGAUAUAAGGAAUAUAUCGUCGAAACUGCAGGAUUUUCUAAUUUGCAUCGAGAUGUUCCUGGCUGCGGUUGCUCAUCACUAUAGCUUUUCUUACAAACCUUUUGUAAAUCUAGCACAAGGUCAAGCAUGGUGGGAUGCAUUCAGGGCCAUGUGGGACGUCUCAGACGUACACAAUGACAUAAAAGAGCACCUGGGCGUGGUGGGAUCUUCAUUGAGUCGCAGGAUACGUGGUCGCAAUGCUUAUCAACAAGCGUGGGGUAGCGCCACGGAACGUACAUCACUUUUACCUGAGGCCCCGGUGAUUGCGGCCAGAAGUGCACCCGCGUGUUCCUUUUCCGGUUACAAUACGGCUGAGAUUGGACAGAACGACGGCGUCGAAGCAGUUCCAGAUGUGCAGGAUAGCAGCAACGCGGUGAAGACGUAACUCAACGGUGAUAUUUUCUUCUUCUCUUUGGACUCGAGAGCGGGAACUCCAAGACGUCAUCUUGUUUGGAAGUUUUGUCCAAGAUCAUCCUGUAUCGCUAGUGCAUUGUACGAUUGAAACAAAGAAGUCUAGUUUUGCAAGGAGCAUCCCCAUGCCCCCCCCCCCCACCCGCCCAACGUAUACUGUACAAAUUGUCAUUGUCCUAAUCACCACCAUAUGCUCAUUACGAGAAACAACGUGUCACACAUAUACGAAUUAAGGAUUUGAUACACGGUACGUCAACGGCUGACAGUAAGUAUCGUCUUACCACGUCCAUUUUACGAAUACGCUUUUUUCCUCUUGAUUUGCGGGCAAGCAUCAUCGCGCCUUCAUGUUACCAAAAUGAUGUACUACCAAAUAAUUGUAUAUAAUAAUGUUUAUAUUUAGAACAAUAUAUCGGUACAGUCCUAUUUAUAAACGUGUUGCGCUAAUUAUCGCUGGUUAUCGACCUCUGGCAAUACUCGGCUGGACAGAGUUAGGCAUGUUAUGCAAAUAAAUUGAUAAAUUUUACCAAAUUACUUGAUUGCUUAGAUUUCGAUUGACCGCCAUUAGAGCUUAUAUUAUUUAUCUAGGAGAUUAAUCAACCGCUCAACUCUGACCCUGAGUAUACCGUAAACAAUGAGGAAAAAAAAUAUUAAACAUUCCUGCCAAAUGUACAUCGUUGUUUAAUUUUAUAUCAGCUGCGUUGAAUAGAAAAUAUACGGAGAAAAUAAAUACUCAGACUCACACACACACAUACAUACAAAUAUAUUUUAAUACGCUAACGACAAGUGAAAAUUGGUAUUUUGAAAGCAGUAAACGAGACGAGCCGACUAGAACAAAUAAAUUUUCUUGUGUCGUUCUUGUAUUUUAAUACACAUACACACGCGCUACACAUAUUCACAUCAUGUUGACCUAUAUCUCGUGCAUAAGUGGUGUUAAUUAUUAUAGAGAGAAAUUUGACGAGAAACAUUUUAUUUUGUGUACGUUUAGAACGAAUAAUUUUUACAAAAUUUUUCGUAAUUUUAAUCGAAUAAAGGUUUACAAAUGCUAGGGGAUAUUGCGAGUUUUUGUGAAGCAUUUGCGUGGAAGUGUACGAAUUUGAGAUACUUUAUCAGACAUUUUGGACCAAAGAUAGGAUAUUUUUUAUCUCAGAGAAGUAGCAUCCUCAGAUUUCGAAGACAGAUUAGAGAAAUGACCGUAGUAUUUCUGGCUGACCUAGCAGUUUUAUAUCGUCAAUUAGAUCCUCGAAGGAAAGGAAAAUAUUUUUAAUAUGUUUCUACCAGGUUAUUUGUAACAUUGCAAUGUAUGUGGAAUAAUUAAUUAUUAUUUUCACUUUACAAUAAUAUUAAUAGGAAUAAAAUUCGUCAGGAUACGUUGUAAAUUUUACAUACAACCAGAGAAAUUUUUAAUAUAGAUUGUGUAUUUUAAUAAUCUCUACUAAUCAUAUACAAUAGCAUAUCUCAAUUUCAUAAGUACUUAAGUCGGCGACUUUGCUAUCACUGACAAACUUUCUGGGAGAAUGGUGGUUAUAAAUACAAUAAAAAAAAAAAAAGAAAAAAAGAAUAUUCGAAACGAUAUUUGUAUAGAAUUAUAUGUAUAGAGUAAUUUUUAUUAUAUCAUCAA